AGAAAGUUCAAGAGUAUUUCAUUGCAAUAGUUUCUACCCUCUUCCAUUUUUCUUUGGAGGCUUACUUUGGCAGGUCGUGUAUACUUGUAUCCCGGUUAAUUAGGGCCGAAAGACCGCUGAAUCCCAAAAGUUCUGUUCCUGAUUAACGUUGCUGUUCUAUAAUUGACUUCUGCUACAAAAUUAAUGAAUAAUGUAUCGCUUAUUUCUGCAGAGUGUGCUCUUAAGUGUCAUAUUCACCGUGCUGGUGAAGGCAGAAUGCGGAGGAGAUCUAACAGCUUGCGAUACUGCACUGUUUGCAAGAUACCCCGUUGAAGGUCAUGCAGACGCAGGAACCGUCACGUUCAGUCAAGAAGGAUGUGUAGCUGCAGGCGUAAGCCUUUCAGUUACCUGUUCAUGUACUCAACAAGGUCUGGAUUCAUUCGACUGUGAAAGUGGAACCUGGGCUUCAGGUGGAUCUCAGAUUCCCAACCCCACUAUCGUUUGUUUCGCUGCUUGUCAAUGCCCUGAACCUAUGGCCCCCACCAAUGGUUACAUCGUCGGUAAUGACUACAAUCUCUUCAAGACAAUCAGUUAUAUCUGCAAUGACACAUACAGAAGAAUUGGAGCCAGUCAAGCCUCAUGCCAGCAGGAUGGGACAUGGAGUCAACAACCACCGGAAUGCAAAGCCCCAUGCGCUAGACCAGAUGUCAACGCAACGGUGACUCUUUCUAAUCCAGACGGCCCUUACAACGACGGCGAUACUUUGAAUUUUGAAUGCGACCUCACCACCACAACCAUGAUAGGAACCGAUACCGCAACGUGUAGAGAUGGAUCGUGGGACCCGUCCCCUCCCUCCUGCUAUUUUAAAUGCACCAUACCCGAGACCACAACAGCCACCCUUGGAAAUGGACAAACGUCGGGAUCAGUCGUAGAUCAUGAAACUAUGAUUGACUUCCAAUGCAACGAAGGGCGACACUACAAUGAUAUCGUCAUCGGCGAUACUACUGGUUCCCAAACAUGUAACAAUGGCGAGUUCCCGAGCCCAUUCGCUACAUGUUACGCAAAUUGCACAGCAGCUGACCUUACCGCUCCAGCUUUUGCUCAGAUAGAACCAGAUUCACCGACCUACUAUGACAAGACAACCGUUCAAUUCUCCUGUGAGUCCGGGGUCUUGUCAGUGCCCAUUGCGACUGGUACUUGCCAGGACGGCACGUGGAACGUUCCAAGUUUUGAGUGUGUCCAACCACUGAAUUGUUCCGAUCCCGGUUCCCCAACCAAUGGUAGAGCAAAUGAAAACGACUUUAGCCAUGGUGCAGAGGUGUCUUUUACAUGCAACGCUAAUUUUACAUUGGUGGGGCAGUCAAGUAUAAGCUGUAACAACGGAUCAUGGAGCGGGAACGUGCCGACUUGUAACGAGAAUCCUGAUCCAGUAACCAACAGGAGCGUUAGUCUAGAGUGCAGGAGUGAUUCCAUCCGUGUCACCAUUGAACGCUCUAUUUUGCCUGACCUAGCAGGAGAUGUCAUCAGAUUUGAAAACGACCCGAAUUGUACUGGUGUCAUUGAUGGAGACUACCUCGUUUUCACCACUAUGUUUGACCAGUGUGGAACCACUAAAGAGGAAGACGGUGAUUUAGACGUAUACAAGAACCGCAUCGUAAAUGGGAAAAACAGCGGUAACGUUGUUUCGCGUGAUAUCACAGUAUCAUUCCCAAUAACUUGCUUCUAUGAGCGAGUCCAUCGCCUGGAAUAUGGUUACUCUGCUAGUGGCAGCGCGGGGGUUGUUCAGCAGGCUCUCGAAGAGACGGGCUCGUACAGUGCAACGUUCGACUUUGCGAUGUAUACCGACGACACUUUUACGACAAAAGCGGAUUCUUCUGCCACUAACGUACCCGUUAACCAGAGAGCUUACUUCGGUGUAGAAGCCACGACCGCUGCCGAUCAACGGAUCGUCAUCGACUCAUGCUGGACGACACCAACGAAUAACCCCGAUGAUAGUAGGCGUUACAAUUUGAUAUCGGAUGGGUGUGUGGUAGAACAGACAGUUAUGCGCCAUGAUCUAGGGAUGAAUGGGCUAGCUGCAUUCAGUCUCUCGGGAUUUACCUACAUCGAUACUACUCAGAUCUAUCUCUACUGCGAGGUUGCUAUCUGUUUAGAUAGCGACACGAGUGGUGAGUGUGCACCUUGUGGAAACCAGGCCCGCCGGAGGAGAGGGGUCAACUCGGGACAUCUGAAGGAUCUGUCGGUUGGACCAGUGCGCUGGGUCAAGCAAGACACGGAUGAAUUGAUGGAUACUGGGAUGGCUGUGAAUAAUGAUGAAGCUCGAGAGGAGGGCUCAGUUGGCGAGAACGCCCGACCCUGGAUGACAGCAGUGGUUGUCAUGGCAACUGUUAUGGUCAUGAUGUUUGUGGCGAUUGUAGUACUAGUGAGGAAUAACAGAAGACAGAGCUCCCGCUUCAACUAACGGCAUGCAGUUGAUAUGACCAUAGCCGUACAUAGUGGGGGGGGGGGGAAUUGGGAAUGGGAGCAAUCCCUCCUCCGGAAAUAAAACUACUCUUUAAACAGUUCAGCAACAAAUAAGUUCAUGUGCAGGGCGCAAUGGAUCCUUCUUGAUCCAAUUGAAUACUCACAAAUCGAAUUUAAGGAAAGUCCAAUCG